AUGGCAUUGCCGUCCAAUAUCCUGAUCGUAGGAGGCGGAGUCUUCGGGCUCUCAACGGCCCUCUCCCUAACAAAACGCCACCCAAACAGCAAAAUAACAAUAAUUGAAUCCUCGCCGACAAUCCCAAACCCGCACGGCUCCUCAGUGGACACAUCCCGAAUCGUGCGCGCAGACUACGCAAACGCAGCCUACUCCAAGCUAGCGGACAGUGCCAUCAAACAGUGGCGCAGCACAGCCUGGGGCGCCGAAGGCCGGUACACGCAAAACGGCCUCCUCCUCGUCUACCCAGCGGAUAGCGCCAGCGCCAAAGAAUACGCGCGCAAGAGCUACGCCAACGUGCGCCAGAUCGAGGGCGAUAAUGUUGAGUUCUUGCCGUCGCAGAAGGACGUGUUGAGGGUUGUGCCGGCGUAUGGCGAGGAGCUUGAUGUGGCCGGUGGGUAUGUGAAUUGGGGGUCUGGGUGGUCUGAUGCGGCGGCUAGUGUUGCAUAUGCGAAGGCGCUGAUUGAUGCGGAGGGGAAGGUUGGGUUCCGGACUGGGCAGGUCGAAAGGGUUCUCUAUGAGGACGUCGGUGGGAAGAAGUCCAAGGCUUCUGGUGUCGUCUUCACAGAUGGAACGACACUCUCGGCUGACUUGGUUAUUCUCGCUACUGGAGCGUGGACAUCUAAAUUGGUUGAUCUGCGCGGACGGGCUGUCGCGACUGGACAGGCGAUUGCGUAUAUGCGAAUCUCGGACGAGGAGCAGCGCGAGUUGGAGAAUUUGCCUACGAUUUUGAACUUCGCUACUGGGAUCUUUAUCAUUCCGCCUCGGGGGAACUUGCUUAAAAUUGCGCGCCAUGCGUUUGGAUACCGGAAUCCGGUUUCGGUGCCUGUUCCCGGGGCGAGUGGACCUGGCGAGAGGAUGGAUGUUAGUUUGCCUGAGAAGGGGGUUCCUGUUCCGCUUGAGGGACAGGAUGCUUUCCGGAUUGCGUUGAGGCAGCUUCUGCCGCGGUUUGCGGAGAGGGAGUUUGUUGAUACGCGGGUUUGUUGGUAUACUGAUACGCCUAAGGGUGACUUUAUUAUCUCCUACCACCCUGACCAUGAGGGUCUUUUCCUUGCUACUGGUGGCAGUGGCCAUGCGUUCAAGUUCCUCCCUGUUAUUGGUGACAAGGUGGUUGAUGCGCUUGAGGGAACUCUUGACUCUGAGCUGAGCGAGAUGUGGACAUGGUCUGCUGCUGCGACGGCCGAUGAUGAGGACUUUGAUGGCGAUGGCAGUCGGUCUGGAGCAAGAAGGGCGAAUCUAAAAGAUGAGUUGGCGAAGACGCAGAAGGCUUCGAGAAGCAGUGCGCUAUAG